UAGCCGCGCGCCGGGUGCCGGUGGGGGCUGCUUUGGAGCGGCGGCGUCUGCAGCUGGAGUCCCGCGCUCGCUCGCCCGCGCGCUCGUUGAGACCGCGCGCGCUGGCCCGGGAGCCCCUCGCUGGAUCCGCGAGCGUCGCCCCUCCUGCCCCGAGCUCAUCCUCUUCCUCUCGCGCCGCCUGCAGCUGCCCCCGGCGCGGGGAGCCGACAGGGCCCCGGGGCUGAAGGUAAAAACCCCACGGAAGAAACAUGAGGUUCCCCUGGAAAUCAUUCAAGAGGAAGAUGGAAGGGGCUGUCUAAAAAGAGAUUGAAAGCUGCAGACCGCAAGACUGGGGCCAGAGGGCUGGCAGUGGAAAACCCUGUUGGGUUGUGAUCUCUCAUUGAAAAGUCCCAGUUGUCUUUUUGCUUCCUGCAGGAGGAAGGAAGAGAAGGAGAAGACCAUGUCCAUAGCCUUGAAGCAGGUGUUCAACAAGGACAAGACCUUCCGGCCAAAGAGGAAAUUUGAACCUGGCACGCAGAGGUUCGAACUCCACAAACGGGCUCAGGCAUCCCUCAACUCAGGCGUGGACCUGAGGGCAGCUGUGCAGCUGCCCAGCGGGGAGGACCAGAACGACUGGGUGGCGGUGCACGUGGUGGACUUCUUCAAUCGGAUCAACCUCAUCUACGGUACCAUCUGUGAGUUCUGCACUGAGCGGACCUGCCCUGUGAUGUCAGGGGGCCCCAAAUACGAGUAUCGGUGGCAGGAUGACCUCAAGUACAAGAAGCCGACUGCACUGCCAGCCCCCCAGUACAUGAACCUUCUCAUGGAUUGGAUUGAAGUCCAGAUCAACAAUGAGGACAUAUUUCCAACGUGUGUGGGUGUUCCCUUCCCAAAGAAUUUCCUGCAGAUCUGCAAGAAGAUCCUGUGUCGCCUCUUCCGGGUCUUCGUCCACGUCUACAUCCACCACUUCGACCGGGUCAUUGUGAUGGGCGCGGAGGCCCACGUCAACACCUGCUACAAACACUUCUAUUACUUCGUCACUGAGAUGAACCUCAUAGACCGCAAGGAGCUGGAGCCCUUGAAAGAGAUGACGAGCAGGAUGUGUCACUAACGCCCCAUCUUACCCUACGGAAGAAAGAGGAAAAGCUGUUUCCUCCUGGAGUCCCGGGCCGGCAGGAGGGAGACCUCCCUGGCUGAAAAGGCGCACCUACUUCCAGGAGCAGGCAAGCUGGAGACCAGCGGUGACUCCUGAGAGAUGUUCCCCGCUCACUUCGUGUGCUCUUAACCCUCUGAGUGCUGCUAGCCGUGACCUGUGGACCUGGCCAGGAGAGAAGGACGGCCCCUCACCCAUCCUGGAGGAAGGAAGCCUCUGCACUUACAUGUGUGUCACAGUUCUGCCUGAGACCUGCCACCUAAGCUUUACUGGAAUUCAGGUUUUGAGACUGAGAUACUUACUUGUACUUUUCCACUUACCUGUCUCGUCAGCUGGCUGCCUUUUCUGUAACGUGUUUUCUAAGUACCCAGAGAAUUUUGGAACUCUGGAUGCACAGCCAGUUUUUCUCUAACAAGCCUUCCUGUGCGGUCCCUGCAGGCUCUGGCCCUGAUGUCGUGGUCUUGGCUGGGGGGUCUGAGGCCCGUCCCACAGCAUCAGUGCAAUUUCCCCCAUAAGCAGUUUUACCAGGGACCACUCCACGGGGUGGCUUGUCUUGCCCCAGAUAGGGUCUGCACACUUUCAUUGCAGGGAAGAGACUGGUCUCUAGCCUAAGGCUAACUAGUUACCAGUUCACCCUCAACAGAAUGUGUUUUUUAUAUUACCACACCAUUCCUUGUCUCUUCCGUUCAAGAUAUUUUUUUUUCCCUGUUUCCCCGAAGAGAGAAAUAAAAGGAAGUUAUAAAUGACCAAGAAUGAUCAGCAGAUGCCCUGAGCCAAAUUAGUGCAGUGUUUGUUCAUUAUUAAAGGGUGUGGUGGCUGGCUUCACACAAUACUGAAAUUUCAGUGAAAAAAAAAACCCAACAAAAGUACAAUGGGUAAUUUGGUGCCUGUAGCUCAAAUGCCCCGCCCAUUGAUUCGUCAUCUUCCCAGCCGGCCCUCUGAGCUUCUAGAUCCAGCCGAUGUUUUCUUCCUCUUCCUCCGCGCUCUCCCUUCCUCUGCCCUAUGAUAUUAUGGCACAAAGUUAAUUUCUGCCCGGAAGAUGCUUGUGCCACAGUUGCCAAGGUAACAGUGGAGCUGGAGCCAACUUCCUUCUCCCAUCCUUCCCUGUGUUUCUAUCCCAGUAGACAGAAUCAUUCUGUGCUACAUCCUGCCUUUUGAAAGCUAAGUGACUUUUAGCUGAAGCAAUGUUGCCUUCUCUGAUUCAUUCGCAAAACCUUGGUCGUCCUGAGAGCCUAUGACUAGGGGAGUGAUGAUACUUCCAGUGAGCAUUUGAAUUCGACAAAAUAGCAGCUGGUGGAGGGAUGUAGAUAAGAAUGUAUUAGGGCAUUUCAAUGUAAUACUGAUUAAAGAAUAACUCAACA